GUUGCUUUAGAGACACUGAGGAUCUUUGCUGGCCGAUUUCACCUCAGAACUAGGAGCCAGAGAUAGACAGGAUCGCAGCGGAAAGAGUCUUUAAAACCCGAGAUAUCAUUAAUAAGAUUCUACCUGAGACCAAGCUAGCUCAAAACGAACAUCUACACGAAGAUCAUGUUGCACUGGCUCCACAUACAUCAAACUCCCCUGCUAGAGUUGAAGUCGGACGCCUGGAUCAGGAUCCUUGCCUUUCCUAGCGAUUUGUUGGUCCUUCCAGCAGGUAUUUACCACCGCUUUACACCGGAUGAAAGCAAUGCUAUCAAAGCAUUGUGCCUUUUCAAGGUGAGAGAGAAGCCGGGGUUAACGUUUUUCAGGACUCGCGUCCUCGUCCUCGUCCUCGUCCCACGCACGGCCCAUGGUCACUAUACGAUCACUUUGCCUUCAAAUGGUUCAAUGACCCGUGCAGUUCUCAGUAAAAUGUUUCGCGGGGGUGACAUUUAAGCAUGGCCAAUAGUUACGUUCCGGAAAGUUAGGUCAGUCAGGAGAGGGGAUCGAAAAUCGCACCAUGAAUAUCUUGUAUUAGCUAUGGAUUUGGCCCUGGAAUUAUAUGCAUGAUUACUGCAA